AUGACCACGACACCACCCCUCGCGACGGGUGCCAACCCUCCGAUUCCCGCCGAACAGCUCGCCGCACUUACAUCGCUGCUGUCGGGUCUCACCGCUGCCGCUUCCGGCACUGCCACACCCGCCACGACGUCCGGCACCACUCGCACUGCCUUUCCAAAGCACGCACGCUUGGAUGGUGCGAAGACCUUCGCGAACUGGACACGCCAACUUCGCCUGUGCCUAGCGGACGACAUCCGCUCGUACGUCCUCGACGGUAUCGCACCCGACGACUGGACACCUUCGCAACGCUCCGCUCGCGACGCCGUCGCUCGUGAGGUCCUUGCGAAUUCGAUUGACUCGGCCGAAGUCUCGGCAGUCCUCGACAAAAUCCCUACCGCCGACCUGACAGCGCCGACAAUCUACUCGACGCUGAAAUCGCGGUACGCCCUGACGACGCCACCCGCACGCUCGAGCUCUUCUCACGACUCUGGGGUUUCCGUCCCAUGCCCGGCACGGUUGCCGAAUUCGACGGGUGGAUCAUGGACUUCAAAGCCGUUGCGCAAGAGAUCAUCGACACAAAGACAACUAUCAAUGAUGUUCUCGCCACACUCCUCCUUGCAAUCGCCCACCCGUCCCUCGAGAGCUUCAAGGCGUCGUUCACCGAUGAACAGCGCACGCAACGAACUCUCCCCGACAUUGAUUCGCUUGCCGACCGUAUGCGAGUCCAACUUCGGUCAACGAACAUCCCCAGCACUCAAUCGGCCCUUCUUGCCUCGUCGUCGUCACGUUCUACUCGUCUCAAGUGUCUCGCCUGUCGCAGCCCUUCGCACCGAGUCGCGGAGUGCCCUACGAGGGCGCAACACCCGCCGCCAGGACCCUGUCGCUCCUGCAAGAAGAAGGAUCACUGGUCUCUCGACUGCAAGAAGGCGCUCGAGGACGGCAAAAAGCCCGACACCGCUGACUCGACCGUCGACUCGCAACACCAUGUCGGAUGUCUCGCCACCGGUCUUCUCGGCUCGUCGUCGCCAGCUUCGCAACCACUCUUUUGUCGUCGACUCGGGCGCCACUUCGCACAUGGUCUCGGACAAGUCGCUGUUCACGACCUAUCGCCAUAUCGCUCCUACGAAGAUUGGUGGUAUUGCAGGGGGCAUCAACGCCAUCGGAACGGGAAACAUCGCCUUCAUUGCCGCCUCGGGUCAUCCGAUCACGCUUACCGGCGUGCUGCACACUCCGGGCCUGUUUGUCAAUCUUCUCUCGGUCUCUCGACUUUGCGACACCGACGAUGUCCGUGUCGCCUUCACAAAACACGGCAUCCACAUUGACAAGGACGGCAACGACAUCGCUGAAGGCGCACGACUCGACGAAGGGCUCUACUUGCUGGACGCUGAUCAUUCCAAAUGUCAGCACCUUGCUCUCCUUUCUCGCUCACAGUCGUCCGUGCCCCUGCUGACUCUCCAUCGCUGCCUCGGCCAUCUCGCACCGUCCUCCAUACAGAAGAUGGUUGCCGCUGGUUUGCUGGAGGGUCUCAGGGCCGGAUAUAGUGACGAAGAGGUAGAGAAGUUUGUCUGCAAUGCUUGCCUCAGCGCAAAGGGCCAUCGUCUUCCCUUUCCCGAUUCGGAUUCGCACUCCUCAGAGAGACUCGGCCUUGUACACAGCGAUGUGCUUUCCUUCCCCGAGCGGUCCUUGACUGGCAAACGUUACCUGGUCACAUUCCUUGACGAUUACUCGCGCAAACUCUGGGCCUACGCAAUCGGACACAAAAGCGAAGUCUUCGGCAUAUUCAAAACUUGGCUAGCCGAGGUUGAACUCGAGACGGGUGCGACGCUGAAGGUCCUCCGAACCGACAACGGUGGCGAAUACUGUUCGAGAGCGUUCACAGAGUUCUGCAAGACACGAGGCACCCGUCGACAAUACUCUAUCCCACGCACGCCUCAACAGAACGGUCGUGCAGAGCGGGUCAAUCGUUCCAUUGUCGAAGGCGUCCUUGCCCUCCUUGUCGACGCCCACCUACCCAAGACAUUCUGGGAGGAGGCUGCAGCUUAUUUCGUUUACUGCAAGAACCUGUGUCAACACGCGGCCCUGGACAAGGCAACACCAAACUCCGUCUGGCAGGGUGACCACACCACUGCCUCGGCGCUUCACCCGUUCGGCUGUACAGCUUGGCUUACGGUCGCGCCCGAACUUCGCUCCAAACUCGACCCGAAGGCGGUUCGCGUUUUUUUCACCGGCUACGACCUGGCUUCAAAAGCCUUUCGCUUCUACGACACUACAACACAGAAGAUUAUACUUGGCAGAAAUGCCACGUUCCUCGACACUGAAUUCCCCGGAUUACAUGGCGACCCCACUGAGCAAGACGGCGACACGCACUUCGCCAGCGCUCCCACCACCGAAUCUCAAACCGUUGUCAAGACAUGGACCCCACUAGUAAGGUCGGCGCACAUGGACGUCUCAUCCCCCCUUGAUGAUUCUGCCAUGAGCGCCGUUGACGUGGCCCCAGGGUACACUGGCGGAACCUUACUUAACUUCACAGAUGCCGAAUCGUCCUCGUCACCGUCGCCUGCGUCGCCCUCAUCACCGUCGUCUGCGCCAUCGCCUGCACUUUCACCAUCGUCGGCUGCGUCAUCGUCACCCUCGGCCUUACCGACCGACUCUGAAGACUCCGCCGAUCCCCUCGACCUCCUCGGCUCACAGCCCCAGGUUCGCCUCGAUCUACAGGACGUGCACCACCCAGACUUCAGCACGUACCGCGAGCCCGCAUCGGCUGAGGAGUCGCCCGACGAACUCGACCUCAUUGGGCGCCACUCUCGCGACGAAUCUCCGGACGAAAUCGAUUUCCUCACCCGACACCACCGCGCCUUCAUCGCCAUCGACGACGACACCUCUGACACAGAGGCAAUUCAGCCAGUCAAGUCCAUCACGAGCGACCCACAGACCUGGCGCGAGGCGAUGUCUAGCGACAAGCGUGAAGUAUGGGCCAAAGCCGCCACCGACGAGUUCACCUCCAUGCGCGACGACUUCAAGGUCUUCACCAUCGAGGACCGAGCCACGGUGCCCGCGGGUGCGACUAUCGUUACAUCCAAGUUCGUCUGGAAAACGAAACGGAACGCACUCGGCGAAGUCACUGGACACAAGGCAAGGCUGGUCGCGCAAGGCAAUCGGCAACGCGACGGCAUCGACUUCAACGAAACGUUCGCACCGGUCGCACGCUUCUCCUCGAUACGCUCACUCCUCGCGCUGGCGGCCGCCAACGGCUUGCACGUGCACCAGGCGGACAUCGACAAAGCAUAUCUGCAUGGCGACCUUGACCACGACAUCUGGAUGACGGCACCGCGCGGCUUCGACCUUCCCAGCGACAAGGUGCUUCGCCUGCGACGCUCCAUCUACGGGCUCAAACAGGCUGGCCGAAUCUGGAAUCGACACAUCGACGCUUCGCUUCGGGCCCUCGGUUACACGGCGACGGGCACCGACCACUGCGUAUACUCUUGGCUCGAUGAUCGUCAAUGUCCACACUACAUCGCACUGUACGUCGACGACCUCCUGAUGAUCAGCCCGGAACUGGCCGAAAUCGAACGUGUCAUCUCAGGCCUGGACCAACGCUACGGAGUCAAGCGCCUCGGCCCGGCCGAGUAUAUCCUCGGCAUCCAGAUCAGGCGGUUCGACGACGGCUCUAUCGCCCUAUCCCAGGAACGGUACAUCAUGGACGUGCUCGCUCGGUUCCACUUCGACACCACGACUCGCGGCACUACAGUUCCGAUGACUCCCGGCCUUUCGCUCACUGCUAUCCCGGGUCAAGGCACCGAACGGAUCAGGUCAUGGUAUCUGCAGGCUAUCGGCUCGCUCCUCUACAUUUCGCUCGGUACCCGCCCUGACAUCGCCUUCGCCGUGUCCUACCUGGCCCGCUUCGCCAACAACCCCGGUCGUCGUCAUUGGAUUGCGGUCAAGCACAUCCUACGCUAUCUCCGGGCCACGUAUCGCAACGAACUCGUGUAUGCUCGCGGCCAGGCUCGCAUCACGGGUGUGGUAGGCUACUCCGACGCGAACUGGGGGGCCUGCAUCGACACAUCGGUGUCCACCAUGGGCUACGUCUUCUACAUCGCUGGCUCGGCCGUGUCCUGGUCGUCCAAACGCCAGUCUCGAGUUGCCGAUUCGACCACCGACGCUGAAUACCUCGCCCUCUCGCAUGCUGGCAAGGAAGGGAUUUACCUCAGUCAGCUGCUCGAAGAGCUCCAUGUACAACCUGUUGCACCGGCUCACAUCUUUACUGACAACGAAGCCGCUGCUGCAGUUGCUCACGAUCCUGUCCGCGUCUCUGGCACUCGCACAUACGCUUGCGUGAGCACUUCGUUCGGGACAUGGUGAAUCGGGGCGACAUCUCUCUCUCGCAUGUGGGUACCAGCGACAUGGUGGCCGACAUCUUCACCAAGGCUCUCGGCCCAAAGGUCUUCUCAACGCACUGCUACGCCCUCGGCCUUCGCACUCGACACCCGCGGCUUGGGUCUGCCUCGCAUUCGCGUGGGGGGGGGGUGUGAAGAGUCCACUCUCAGCUCGACAGGGGCGCCUCGGUCGUUGCGCGCACUUGCUAGCCCGCCCCCGGCGGUGGGGACUUAGACGCGCGCGACUGCCUCAGCGCGCCAGCGCCGGCGGAUUCAUGCGCGCGCCCGCUAGCCCGCCCCCUUGCGGUGGGGACUUAGGCGCGCCGGCGAUUUCACCCGCGGCUGACUUAGGGAUGUACAUUGUCACGCGCCUGGGACUAUCCCAGCGUGGCCCCCCCCUUUCUGUUUCUUAGCUUCCUUCUCAUCACUUCUGUUCGACUCUCAACCUCUCCUGACAGUAGUGGUGAACGUCUCAUAGGUACGCUGAAAUAGAUCACUUCUGUUCGACUCUCAACCUCUCCUGACAGUAGUGGUGAACGUCUCAUAGGUUAUAAGCCCACGAGCCACCAGCUGGCAUGACCACGACACCACCCCUCGCGACGGGUGCCAACCCUCCGAUUCCCGCCGAACAGCUCGCCGCACUUACAUCGCUGCUGUCGGGUCUCACCGCUGCCGCUUCCGGCACUGCCACACCCGCCACGACGUCCGGCACCACUCGCACUGCCUUUCCAAAGCACGCACGCUUGGAUGGUGCGAAGACCUUCGCGAACUGGACACGCCAACUUCGCCUGUGCCUAGCGGACGACAUCCGCUCGUACGUCCUCGACGGUAUCACACCCGACGACUGGACACCUUCGCAACGCUCCGCUCGCGACGCCGUCGCUCGUGAGGUCCUUGCGAAUUCGAUUGACUCGGCCGAAGUCUCGGCAGUCCUCGACAAAAUCCCUACCGCCGACCUGACAGCGCCGACAAUCUACUCGACGCUGAAAUCGCGGUACGCCCCUGACGACGCCACCCGCACGCUCGAGCUCUUCUCACGACUCUGGGGUUUCCGUCCCAUGCCCGGCACGGUUGCCGAAUUCGACGGGUGGAUCAUGGACUUCAAAGCCGUUGCGCAAGAGAUCAUCGACACAAAGACAACUAUCAAUGAUGUUCUCGCCACACUCCUCCUUGCAAUCGCCCACCCGUCCCUCGAGAGCUUCAAGGCGUCGUUCACCGAUGAACAGCGCACGCAACGAACUCUCCCCGACAUUGAUUCGCUUGCCGACCGUAUGCGAGUCCAACUUCGGUCAACGAACAUCCCCAGCACUCAAUCGGCCCUUCUUGCCUCGUCGUCGUCACGUUCUACUCGUCUCAAGUGUCUCGCCUGUCGCAGCCCUUCGCACCGAGUCGCGGAGUGCCCUACGAGGGCGCAACACCCGCCGCCAGGACCCUGUCGCUCCUGCAAGAAGAAGGAUCACUGGUCUCUCGACUGCAAGAAGGCGCUCGAGGACGGCAAAAAGCCCGACACCGCUGACUCGACCGUCGACUCGCAACACCAUGUCGGAUGUCUCGCCACCGGUCUUCUCGCUCGUCGUCGCCAGCUUCGCAACCACUCUUUUGUCGUCGACUCGGGCGCCACUUCGCACAUGGUCUCGGACAAGUCGCUGUUCACGACCUAUCGCCAUAUCGCUCCUACGAAGAUGUGAGGAAUCCACUCUCCGCUCGGCUCAGGACUUAGGCGGCGGAGCGAACCGGGCGCGGACUUAGGCGCGCGGAGUGAGCCGGGCGCCCCGGCCCAGGACUUAGGCGCGCGAAGCGAGCCUGGGACUUAG